AUGGGAAGCGGCCACAUUAUUGUUGUGGGCUUGGGGAUUGUGAUGGUAAUGUUUAUAGCAUUAGCAGAGGCGACUCCCCCGGGAAUAGCUGAUCAUCCAAGCCAUUCUCAUUGCUCAGAUGAUGAGAUUAAGCAAUGUAAAAAUCUUCCUCAUGUCUGUCCUAAAUUCUGUCCAAAUGGAUGCAUAACCGAGUGUCGUUCUUGCAAGCCUAUUUGUGUUGAUGGCUCAGUCCCACCAUCUCCUCCCAAGGAAGAAACUCCACCAGAAGAUACUCCAUCGCCAUCUCCUCCUAAGGAAGAUACUCCACCACCAUCUCCUCCAAAGGAAGAUACUCCACCGUCAUCUCCUCCAAAGGAAGAUACUCCACCGUCAUCUCCUCCUAAGGAAGAUACUCCACCGCCAUCUCCUCCUAAGGAAGAUACUCCACCGCCAUCUCCUCCUAUGGAAGAUACUCCACCACCUUCAGUACCACCCUCAUCUCCACCUCCUCCGGUUUAUCCACCACCCACUCCUAAACCACCCACACCUAAGAUGGUCAAGUGCAAGAACAAGUACUACCCUAGUUGUUAUGCUAACCAGCAUGCAUGCCCUGCCUCUUGCCCCGAGAGCUGUCAAGUCGAUUGUGUCUCCUGCAAGCCCGUUUGUAAAUGUGACAAGCCUGGAGCAGUUUGCCAAGAUCCACGAUUCAUCGGUGGAGAUGGAAUUACCUUUUACUUCCAUGGAAAGAAGGACAAAGAUUUUUGCCUUGUUUCAGACCCUGAAUUCCACAUAAAUGCACACUUCAUCGGAAGGAGAAACGAGAACAUGAAGAGAGACUUUACUUGGGUACAAUCCAUUGGUAUCCUUUAUGGAACUCACAAAAUCUCAGUUGCCGCACUAAAAACAUCAACAUGGGAUGAUUCCAUUGACCGUCUAGCCCUUCAAUUCAACGAUGAACCAAUAUUUCUUCCUGAAAGUGAUGGCGCGAGUUGGAAAUCUGAAACUGUACGUAAGACCUCAAUAACAAGAAUCAGCAAUACUAACGAGGUUGUCAUUGAUGUAGAAAAUGUUGUGACAAUCACAGCCAAGAUUGUGCCUAUUACAGAGCAUGAAUCACGGGUACAUAACUAUGGGAUAACGAGUGAUGAUUGCUUUGCUCAUCUUGAACUUGGGUUCAAGUUUGUAUCUCUGAGUGAUGAAGUGAAUGGUGUUUUAGGCCAAACUUAUAAGAAGGACUACGUGAGCAAAGUUAAGAUGGGUGUUUUGAUGCCAAUAAUGGGAGGUGACAGAAAAUUUGCAGCUUCAGGACUCUUCAAUGCUGAUUGUUCUGUAGCUAGGUUUCAAGCAAAUGAAGAACAAUCCGACAUUUUUAAGGCUUCAAUGAACUUAGAGCUUCCAAGUUUGAAUUGCAAUAGCGGAAUUUAUGGACGUGGAGUUGUCUGCAAGCGAUAGAUUACCAUUUGAUCAUUUUUAUCACAAUAAGGUUUGUAAACCAAUACUAAUAAUGGUCCUAUAUAAAAAGAAAAAUUGGACCAAAAGAAAAACAAACACUUUGAUUUUUUAUUUCUAUGGUUAACGAUAUUGCUUCAUCAUGUUAUUGAGGAAGUAUAUAUGUUCAACGUGUUACUUACAAUUUCAUGUAUAUCAUUGUCGAUUUCAAAGGAAAGUAAGACAAACGCAUAAGAAAUGAAAGAGGCUCGACAUCUCAACCUCAUAAUCAUUCAAA